AUGUCAUUGCUGUGUGUUGGAGUGAAGAAAGCCAAGCUUGAUGGACCCCAAGAGAAAUUUAACACAUACGUGACCCUGAAGGUGCAGAAUGUUAAGAGCACAACCAUCGCUGUGCGCGGCAGUCAGCCGUGCUGGGAGCAGGAUUUCAUGUUCGAAAUAAACCGCCUGGAUCUGGGCCUGACAGUGGAGGUGUGGAAUAAAGGGCUGAUCUGGGACACCAUGGUGGGCACCUUAUGGAUCCCCCUGCGCAGCAUACGGCAGUCCAACGAGGAGGGUCCGGGCCAGUGGCUGACCCUGGAUUCCAAUGCGAUCAUGGCUGAGAAUGAGAUCUGUGGAACCAAAGACCCAACCUUUCACCGGCUGCUGCUCGACACUCGCUUUGAACUGCCACUAGACAUUCCAGAGGAAGAGGCUCGAUACUGGGCCAAAAAACUUGAACAACUAAAUGCCAUGAGAGAUCAAGACUAUGCCUAUCAAGAAGAACAGGAGCGACCACUUCAUGCACCAUCCACACAGUGCUGUAAUUGGAGUCUGUGGGGAGAUCAGCAAAACGAGGAUCCGGACAGCGCCGUGGACGACAGGGACAGUGACUACCGCAGUGAGACCAGUAACAGCAUCCCGCCUCCCUACUACACCACCUCCCAGCCCAACGCUUCCAUGCACCAGUAUCCCAUGAGGCACCAGCACUACAGACACUCCUACAACGACGAAAUGCAUGAGCUGGACUACGACCACAGAGGCAUGAGUCCCACAGACAGUCGUUACGCCUCGUCAGGCGAGUUGAGUCGAGGCAGCUCUCAGCUCAGUGAGGAGUUUGUUGCAGAGGACGGCGAGAGCUUGCGAGGUUCUGAGUUCUACGAUGAGAACGACUCCUACCACUCCUGCCACUCCUCCGUCAGCUACGGCAAAGAGGAUUCCCCCGGCUGGGAUGGAGAAGAGGGGGCGCUGUAUGCUGAAGAGGAGGGUGACAUGUAUGGGGAGGAAGGAGAGUACAACUAUGAAGAUGAGGAGGAGAUGCCUUAUGAGGAAGAUGAAGAUAUGUAUCCACUUGAUGGGACGCUCAGUGAAGACCAGGAGCUGCCCUACACCCCGACACCCACAAGCACUGCCCCCACCCUGAUGCCCCCCUCUGAUGGUCUCUCCUCCACCAGGCCGCCACUGGAGAAGCAGGCGUCGUUGCAUCAGCAGCGGCCAGCCCAUGAUCAGCUCCAGCCCCCCAGCGCAGUUCCUGGUCUACCUCCAGCCACACAGGACGACCAGUUGCCCCCUUUCACUUCAGAAUCCACCAAGCCUCCAUUUGCACCCACCCAGCCAGCUCUGUCUACCACCACUACAUCCACCCCUGCAACUACAUCACAGGUUCCUGCACCAGAGACCGAGCCCCUGGAGCUUGAGCCCAAGUCGGAGGUGCUGCUGGAGGAACCUCAACCCCCCGAGCAGCCUCCAGCGGCAGAGAGCGUCCCUCCUGUUCCUGAAGAGAAAACAGAGGAGCCACCUGCUCCAAGCUUCCCAAAGAGGGAAAUCAUGGAACCUGGUCCUGCCAGAGCCAAAGCCAACUGGCUUCGACUUUUCAGCAGAGUGCGACUGCAGCUGCAAGAGGCCCGAGGAGAAACUGAAAUAGUAGCUGGUUUGUGUUUUGUCUCCAGGAUGGGUGGUGCUCUUUAUAGCAUUGACAGCAUGCCAGACCUCAGGAAGAGGAAAGCUAUGCCUCUGGUCAGAGAUCUGGCUAUGUCCUUGGUUCAGAACUCCAGGAAGGCAGGCAUCACCUCGGCCCUGACGUCCAGCACCCUGCACAACGAAGAACUGAAGAGCCAUGUCUACAAGAAGACCCUCCAGGCCCUCAUAUAUCCCAUCUCCUGCACCACGCCACACAAUUUUGAGGUGUGGACAGCCACCACUCCCACUUACUGCUACGAGUGCGAGGGGCUGCUGUGGGGUAUUGCUCGCCAGGGCAUGCGCUGUACCGAGUGUGGAGUCAAAUGCCACGAGAAGUGCCAAGAUCUCCUCAACGCUGACUGUCUGCAAAGAGCAGCAGAGAAGAGCUCCAAACACGGCGCGGAGGACCGAACCCAGAACAUCAUCAUGGUUCUGAAAGACCGCAUGAAGAUCCGCGAGAGGAACAAGCCUGAGAUCUUCGAGCUCAUUCAGGAGGUGUUCGCCAUCGUGAAGGCCACCCACGUCACCCACAUGAAGCAGAUCAAGCAGAGCGUGCUCGACGGCACCUCUAAGUGGUCGGCCAAGAUCAGCAUCACAGUGUUGUGUGCCCAGGGUCUACAAGCCAAGGAUAAAACCGGUUCCAGUGAUCCUUACGUCACCGUCCAGGUGGGAAAAACCAAAAAGAGGACCAAGACCAUCUACGGCAACCUCAACCCUGUCUGGGAGGAGACGUUUAAUUUUGAAUGUCACAACUCCUCGGACCGCAUCAAGGUGCGAGUGUGGGACGAGGACGACGACAUCAAGUCUCGCGUGAAGCAGAAGUUCAAGCGGGAGUCGGACGACUUCCUCGGUCAAACUAUCAUCGAGGUCCGCACCCUGAGCGGAGAGAUGGACGUCUGGUACAAUCUCGACAAGCGUACAGACAAAUCAGCUGUAUCUGGAGCUAUCCGCAUGCACAUUAAUGUGGAGAUCAAAGGAGAGGAGACGGUCGCCCCCUAUCAUGUUCAGUACACCUGUUUGCACGAAAACCUCUUCCACUAUGUCACAGAUAUCCAGAACAACGGCGUGGUGAAGAUCCCCGACGCCAAAGGGGAUGAUGCAUGGAAGGUCUACUUUGAGGAGACUCCCCAGGAGAUUGUAGACGAAUUCGCUAUGCGUUAUGGAGUGGAGUCCAUCUACCAGGCCAUGACUCACUUUGCCUGCCUGUCAUCCAAGUACAUGUGCCCAGGCGUGCCUGCAGUGAUGAGCACCCUGCUGGCGAACAUCAAUGCCUACUACGCUCACACCACGCAGGCAACCAACAACGUCUCUGCUUCUGACCGCUUUGCUGCCUCUAACUUUGGGAAAGAGCGAUUUGUCAAGCUCCUGGAUCAGCUUCACAACUCUCUGAGGAUUGACCUGUCCAUGUACAGAAACAACUUCCCUGCCAGCAGUCCCGAGAGGCUGCAGGACCUCAAGUCCACUGUGGACCUCCUCACCAGUAUCACCUUCUUCAGAAUGAAGGUCCAAGAGCUUCAGUCUCCACCCAGAGCCAGUCAGGUGGUGAAGGACUGCGUCAAAGCCUGCCUCAACUCCACCUACGAGUACAUCUUUAAUAACUGUCACGAGCUGUACAGCCGCGAGUACCAGACAGACCCGGCUAAACAGGGUGCCGUGCCUCCGGAGGAGCAGGGUCCCAGCAUCAAGAAUCUGGAUUUUUGGUCAAAGCUCAUCACACUUAUCGUCUCCAUUAUCGAGGAGGACAAGAACUCCUACACUCCCUGCCUCAACCAAUUUCCCCAGGAACUCAACGUGGGUAAAAUCAGUGCUGAAGUGAUGUGGAACCUAUUCGCUCAGGAUAUGAAGUAUGCAAUGGAGGAACAUGAAAAAAAUCGCUUGUGCAAGAGUGCAGAUUACAUGAACCUGCACUUCAAGGUCAAGUGGCUGUACAACGAGUACUGCAAAGACCUGCCCUUCUUCAAGAGCAGAGUGCCUGAAUAUCCUGCGUGGUUUGAGCCGUUUGUCAUUCAGUGGCUGGACGAAAACGAGGAAGUGUCUCGGGACUUUCUGCACGGUGCUUUGGAGAGAGACAAAAAAGAUGGGUUCCAGGUCACAUCAGAACAUGCUCUGUUCUCCUGUUCGGUGGUGGACGUGUUUUCCCAGCUCAACCAGAGCUUCGAGAUCAUCAGGAAGCUCGAGUGUCCAGAUCCGCAGAUCGUAGGACACUACAUGAAGCGAUUCGCCAAGACCAUCAGCAAUGUGCUCCUGUCCUACGCUGAUAUCAUCUCCAAGUUGUUUGCCAACUAUGUCAGCAUGGAGAAAGUGCCCUGCAUCCUGAUCAACAACAUCCAACAGCUCAGAGUUCAGCUGGAGAAGAUGUUUGAAGCCAUGGGUGGAAAAGAUCUGUGUGUGGAGGCCAGCGACAUCCUGAAAGACCUGCAGGUUAAGCUCAACAAUGUCAUGGAUGAUCUCAGCAGGGUCUUUUCUGUCAGCUUCCAGCCUCACAUAGAGGAGAACGUGAAGCAGAUGGGAGACAUCUUGGCUCAGGUGAAGGGGACCUCAAAUGUGGGGAAUGCCAGCAGCGUGGCCCAGGAUGCUGACAACGUCCUGCAGCCCAUCAUGGAGUUCCUGGACAGCAACCUGACUCUGUUUGCUAAGAUCUGUGAGAAGACUGUGCUGAAACGUGUGCUAAAGGAGCUGUGGAAGCUGGUGAUGAACACCAUGGAGAAGACCAUCGUUCUACCGCCACUCACAGACCAAACGAUGAUUGGGAGGCUGAAGAGUGCUUCUCACAGUGAUGGCACUCAGCUCAUCUUUAAUGCUGCCAAGGAGCUGGGACAGCUGUCCAAGCUGAAGGAGCACAUGGUUCGUGAGGAGGCCAAAGCGCUCACACCUAAGCAGUGUGCUGUGAUCGAGCUCGCCCUGGACACCAUCAAGCAAUAUUUCCACGCUGGUGGUGUGGGCCUGAAGAAGACGUUCCUGGAGAAGAGUCCUGACCUCCAGUCUCUGCACUACGCCCUGUCCCUGUACACGCAGGCUACAGACAAACUCAUUAAGACCUUUGUCCAGUCUCAGAACGCACAAGGCUCCGGGGUGGACGACGCCGUGGGAGAGGUGUCCAUCCACGUGGAGAUUUUCACUCACCCCAACACCGGCGAGCACAAGGUCACAGUGAAAGUGGUGGCGGCCAACGACCUGAGGUGGCAGACGCAGGGAAUAUUCCGGCCAUUUGUGGAGGUCUACAUCAUCGGCCCCCACCUCAGCGACAAGAAGAGGAAGUACGCCACCAAGUCGAAGAACAACAGCUGGGCUCCCAAAUACAAUGAAACCUUCACCUUCACCCUGAGCAGCGAGGUGGGCCCCGAGUGCUACGAGCUGCAGGUGUGCGUGAAGGACUACUGCUUCGCGCGAGAGGACCGCACCGUGGGCAUGGCCGUCCUGCAGCUGAAGGACGUGGCCUCCAAAGGCAGCGUCGCCUGCUGGCUGCCGCUGGGCAAACGCAUCCACAUGGACGAGACGGGCCUCACCGUCCUGCGCAUCCUCUCCCAGCGCAACAACGACGACGUGGCCAAGGAGUUCGUCAAGCUCAAGUCCGACCAGCGCUCUGCGGAGGAGGGCCGCAGCUAAAGACACACGACAGAAUUCAACGACGUCGACGUCGCCACCUACUGCCCCGGAGCUCUCCCUGAGCCACUGCUAGCCACUGCCCUGAUGAUCCAGAGUUGUAAAAGCACAGAUAAGACAACAGUCACACAUCCAGUGCUGUAAAUACAUUCAUUUCAGUGAAAAUGACACAGUGCUAAACACAUCACUAAUUUUCUUCAAAAAGCACCGGUGUCUUUAUUGUUGCAGAUAUUAUCAGCCAUCCUUUUGAUGAGCAGUACAUAGAGUUUAAUCAUAGAGCAUAUAUCUAUUCUCCUCUACCUGUCAAGGUGAGUCAUGUCAUACACACACACACCUCAUUUGACUGGUUCGGGUGAGAAAUAUCUUGUAGCCUUCAA